AUGGUCUCAACUCCUCCGCCAAAUCUGAUUCCCUUUGGCGCUGACGCCAAUUGCACCCUUGACCUCUGUCCUUUGGAAUGGAGCAUCCUACGAUAUCAGCCGUCGAUCGCGGCGAACACGGUCUUCAUCACGUUAUUCGGCGUUUCAAUGGCCCUGCACAUCAUUCAGGGGGUUCACUAUAAAACUUGGACCUAUGCGAGCUGCAUGGCAGCCGGGUGCAUUCUCGAGAUCGUCGGCUACGUGGGCCGGUUGAUACUGCACCACAACCCCUUCAGCUUCGAGGCCUUUCUCAUGCAGAUCAUUUGUAUCACCGUUGCUCCCGUGUUUUUGUGCUCAGCAAUCUACAUUCUUCUCUCCCAGAUGAUCAACUGGAGCGACCGCUCGAUAUCCCGCUUUGACCCGCGCGUGUUCUACUGGAUCUUCAUUCCCGCCGACAUCAUCUCCCUCGUUCUGCAGGCCACGGGUGGCGCCCUCUCAGCCGUCGGCACCGAGGAGGACGAGGUCCAGAACGGGGUUGACAUUUCCCUCGCCGGCCUCAGCAUCCAGGUGAUCGCGCUGACGACGUUCGUGUGUCUCUUCGCCGACUAUCUCAUUGCGUACUUUCGCAAGCACGGCCAGGAGGUUACGCGGCGCAUGAAGGUCUUUCUCUUCUUCCUGUUCCUGGCUGUCAUCUUCAUCCUGAUCCGCUGUGCGUACCGCAUCGUCGAGCUCAAGGACGGGUAUCACGGCGUCGAGUUCCGCAAUGAGGCCAAGUUCAUCGCCCUCGAGUCAUCGAUCAUGACCGCUGCCAUCUUUCUGCUCAAUAUCGCACAUCCAGGCAGAGUCUUCGACGUCAGGCAGAAGACAGGCAAGGACUCCAGCUCGUUUGAGAUGCGGGACCUGCCUAAGACGCAGACCCAGGGCAAUCUGACCUUCGCGCAUCAAUAUACUCAUCACGUGAUGACAUCACCGUGUCUUCCAGAUCGGCACAGCAACCACAAGAUGUCGCUACAACCACCCCCCGCGGACAUCACUCCCACACCCUCACCAAGACGACCCCAAGCCGGCGCUCUCUCUUCGCAUGUCCGCUCACCAGCGAUCGAUAUCGCCUCGUUCUGGCUUGACCAGCCAGAUCACGACCAGCAAUCGCCCACCGCCAGGCACCAACUCACGCGACUUCUCUGCCGUCGCGCUUGCGGUGGAGGGAACGCCUACCGGAGCGGCAUCAUGGCAGAGGCCCUCCUUGGCCUUGCCCCAUCCUCGCGACUCGACGACACGCACACGAACAAGAUCCAGAUACAGCACCCCGAUCAGAUUCAGGACCACCUACGCCGCGCCAUUGAGUACAAUGUUCGCCCGACACGCGCUGAGCACGUCUCUGUCACCCUUGAUAUUCGCAACACGGUUCAGUUCACUCUAGGCAGUGCCGACAACGACACACCAGCGCCGCCCGCCAAUGCCAAUGCCAAAGCCAAUGCCAAUGCCAAUGCCAAUGCCAACGCCAAUAUCGACCCAGCACUGGACGGGGCGCCGCCGCCGCCGCCGCCGCCGCCGCCUGUUCCAGCAAUGGCAUCUACGGCACCCAGGACGGUGCGCGUCAACGACGCGCUCGCCAACCAGCCCCAAGAUGACCCCUCGCUGCAGCGGUCCGUGGCCAGCCACAUCGUCGAGCUUCUGGCCGCCGUCGACGGCGCAACCUGGGCCGUAAGCGACAUUUCACGCGGGCCUCAAGGAUGGACCGUCACGUAUACCUGCAAACACUCGCUCGCAGCUUGGCUGAAGCAGCACCGAAAGAACCCGGACAAGGGCCUCAUUGGCGACUACAGCCAGAAGGAUCCCGAGAUGGCCAUAUUCGCACGCCCGGCGUUCGACUGCCGCGGCUCCCUGACCGUGGCUUUUUCUAAGAGCGCCCGCGUCGUCUCCGUCAAGUACGAGCACACGCCCUUCCACAAGACGGUCAAGGAGAUGGCCGAACACUUCCGACCGCCGCCGCCGCCGAUGCCCACAGUCGCCGCCACCGCCGAGACGACCGAGACGACGAAGAAGACGCCCAGGAGGUCAAAGGCCGCAGCCGAGAACGGCGAUGGCAACGAAGGCGAAGGAGGGGCAGCCGGCCAAACGAAGAAGACGCCCCGAAAGCGCAAGUCAGAUGUCGACGGAGCGACCUCGACAAAACGGAAGCGCAAGAGCAAGUCAGGCGCCGGCCAGAACGCCACUGAUGCGAUCAUGGUCCCUGCGACGCUCGACGGAGCUGAUGGAAACACACAAGCCCAGACGAGGGCCGACGAGGUGGUACAGAGCAGCGUGCACUCGCACGCACUGCUCAACGUGCCACCGGCCGAGGCGACCAGACGCCGCGAGACGGCUAUCCGGCUGCUGUCCGAGGGUGGGGUCGAGCCUGAGACGUUGUCGACCGACCAGUUUAGCAUCUUUGCGAAUCAGUCGCCGGACCUGCAGAAGGAGUCGCUCAUCAUGCUCGCGAGGUACGGCGCUGAGCGUCUUCGCAUCGUCCACCCCAAGGACCAGGCUGCUUCCGAGACGCCCAGUGGUGGCGAGAGCUCGACUGAGCAGACCCCGCAGCCAGCGAACGGCGAAGCCGCUGUCGAGCCUGGUGCGAGCAGCGUCGAGCCGACCGUAGCUGUCGGCAAUAUUGCAGGCGGAAAAAAGGCGGCGAAGCCCAAGCUCACGCGAGGCGCUUGCACGCCGUGCCGCUCCAGCCGCACCAAGUGCGACCGUACAAAACCGUCAUGCGACGCCUGCAUCGUCGCUGAUAUCAGCUGCGAGUAUCCCCUCCAGCAGAAUCGCGGACCCAGGGGCGAGAGCAGCGCCAAGCCUGCCAAGCCAAGAAAGUCUGCUGCACGAAUCGAACCAGACACAGAGCCUGAGGAGGUCGAAGAUCCAGAGCCCGACGACAUCGAGACCAUUGACUACACUUCGAACAUGCCCGUGGCCAGCAUGGUCACGCCAGCAGCAGACUUGAGUACUCAAGAUUACUUCAACACGGGCUCCGGGGGCCUAUCGUUCCCCCAGACGAACCACCCCGACGUGCCGGUCAUCAACCCUUCCAGCGUGACAUACCCAGCACCACCGCCAGCUGCCGAGGAAACAUACUCUGAAGUACACGCUGGCGUCGUGUCGCCGCCGAAGCCGCGGCAGACAAACGGUCGCCGCAGCCUGCCUUCAGGUCCCACCCAAGCGGCGCCGGACGCCGAACAGACGCAAGCUCAGGUCGACUACGCAAGUGGCUGGCAGCAAGGCGCAUCCAAUGACGCCGCCCGGAGCGCCAGCACACGGUCGCCUACUCUCGCCAAGCAAGCAGCGAGGCAGCAUCAGCAGCACCAACAACCCUCGCCGACUAUUCAGCCCGCACAAACCGUUACCCCGUCCCAGACAUCUCCCUUUCAGGUGCCUGCGCAGACUGCCAGAGUCAAGUCGCGGACCGGGCAAAGGAGCCAGACCCCGCAUGGCAUCCAGCGCACGUCGACGCCGUCGCACCACACGGUGCAGCAGACCCGAUCGCCUGCAGCCCCGCCCCCGACCGUCGCCACACCGCACUACAGCGCCGCGGCCGACCUGACGGCCCUGUCACAGCAGAGCGCGUACAGCGUGCGCUAUUCGAGCGCAGCGGACCAACAAACUGCGCCGAUGCGACUCGGGUACGAGCCAUACUCGGUCCAAACCGCAGCCUCCAGCUCCACGUAUCCCGCGCAGAGUGCCUACAGCAACAGAUCAUCAUCCACAUCCCACCUACCUACGGUUCAGGCUCCUCAACAACCAGCCACUUCAGACUACAGUACGACGACGGCGGCGGCCGACCAGACUUGGCCGGACUCCCAUGGUCGCGCCGGCCAAACCUACAGCACCGGCACAUCGAGCGCCUCGACCUCAGCCCAGCACCAACACCACCAGUCUACGUCUCUGCAGCAGUUUGACAUGCGCUCCAAGGGUCCAGGACACCAGCAGCCUCGUUCCCAGCAGCAACAGCAGCAGCAACAGCAGCAGCAACAGCCAUAUGGGAGCUACACCCCUCAGCAGCAGCACCAGCAGCAGCAGGCGCAGACGUCUACAUCGUCCCGACAGCAACAGGGUCACGAGCAGACGCAGUCCGCCGCCCAGCAGCAGAGUUCAUGGUAUGGCAGCUUCGGGUCCGGCUCUUCUUCCUUUGUACCUGCCAACGCGACACCCGGGUAUGGUAGCCGUAGCAGCGGUGCUGCGGGGUACGGGAGCAGCACCGCGAGCACGGCGUCUUACGGCCAGCAGCAACACCCUCAGCAGCAGCAGCAGCAGCAGCAUCGACAGCAACAGCACCAUGGCCUGUCUAACAUGCCGGCCCACGGCUACGGUGGAGCGGACGGUGAUAUUUAUGAUCUUCUCAAGGCGGGCAUGAAUUCGCGGUAG